CGCACACUAGCUUCAUGAAGGUAAAGUGUUGCAGGCAUAUACUAUGAGCAGUUCUCGAUUCAUGAGCGGGCUAGUUGAGCUGUGGUAUAUUUUCAUGGUAUCACUCUGUCUUCGUUCGAAGACUUGGUCUGUGGUUGUACUAUUUUGAAGUUAUAAUUUUGUACAGAGCAGGGGGGCUGAGACAAUUUGUUGAUCCAACACCCAUGAAUCCCGCUAAAUCAGCUAGGGCAGUUAUUAAUAUUAGCCCACGGUGAGGUGUUUUUGCCAUCUUGUGAGGCUUUCCUGUAUGAUAUCAAGCUUUGGGAUUAAAGUCAAAAACAAUGGGGAAAAAAAGAAAAGAGAGACGAGAGACAGAAAAGGAAAUGCAGAAGCAAAAGUGACGGCACAGAGGAGAGGGAGGGUUAGUACUACUCUUUAACCAUGGAGGUCAUUGCGACCUAUUGUAUUCAGCCGGGUUGGUGCAUAAAGAUGUCUAUAUGCGACAUGAUAUAUAUCCAACUCAUUAUCCGUAAAGCUUGCCCCAAGAGCAUAACCGAGUCAGGGUCUCGAUUUUCUUGCUCAGUGUGUCUUUCAAAUGACCGAUUCCCUUGGUUGGCGUGGGAACGAUCGUAGGUCCACCCCAUGCUCCCAUUUGGUUUCUUUGAAGCUGGUAUUCUUGUAUUGUUUUGUUGCUCUCACGUGGAGCCAACUCUUUGAAAGAGUAGCGGGCAUCCACAAUGGGAAUUUCGGAGUGGACUUGCAGAAAAAAAGGUAUUUACUAGUAAAGCAACUAUUUAAUACUCCGUCUCACCCAAACCCAACCUACUCUUCACCUAGGUAACCCGACCAU